AUGUGUUUCCGCAACAAGACGGUGAAAUGCCUUCUGAUUAUCCCAAACGCAGAAUCAGCAUUAAAUGAAGAAGCUGGUCGUCUCCUUCUCGAAAAUUACGAUGACUAUGCCAAGCACGCUCGUUUAAUGACCAAAAUCCACGCUUCCGCCAAACCAUCCGACGUAUCAUUUACAGAACCGUCAUCUCAAAACGGACCGUCUUCUUCCUCUUCCUGCUCUGCGGCUCCCCAAUCAACGUCAUCAUCACAAUCAAAAAAGUCCAUCUCAAAAGACACGCGAGACGGACUGAUCAAGAGUGAGGAUAAGAAUGACGAAAUCAUUGAUACAAAAGGAGAAAGGAAGACGGAUGUAAAGGACAGUAAGUCGGAUCAGAAUGAUCAUGAACCAAUGACAAAUGUACAUUCGGCUGCUACAUCACCGCUAGGGGUAUCAAAUAGUAUUAAUGAGGGAAUCAGCUUGAAAAAGAAUACCGGUGACAGUACGAUUACAGUGACGCCAAGGAAGAGAGCAGCCGAAGGGAAGAA